UCUCCUCUGCUAGGCUGUUGAUGUUCCUGCUUUUUUUCGCAUGGAUGGUCAGCUGUGUUGGAAGUGAACUUCCUGAAAUUGCUGCUGGCCAGCUCAGACAGGAUGCUCAAGGUAAGAUAAGAUAUAUAAAAUAUUUAUAUUGACAAUUUUUUUUUGUCAAUUUUUUUAGUGAAAUGUAAAAAAUGGAAAAGUAAGACAAUUUGCUCGCAUGUACAUGUAAAUGCCGUAAUUUUUAUUGUUUAUGUAAAUAUAUAUGCCAACGAUAGUUUUUUGUGUACAUCGCAUCUUUAGCCAAUCAGGUUUCAUAAAACAUAGCCAAUUGUAAAGCUGAUGAACUAACCAAUAAUAAUCAGAUGUGGUUGGCCAAAGUAGUUUUGCCUAGUUUAGUAGAUUUUUGCUACGAUAUUUGGCUACCAAAACAAAAUGGCGAUUUGUCGAGGAGUGAUGGAAUCGAUGUAUAUAUUAAAUAUAAAAUAUUAGCAAGGUGCAAGAGAAUGAAACAUAUGUGGAUGAUUGGAAGUUGUGCAGUUUUGUUGCCAGUUAUAUCGAGAAUUAUGGCAAAAGAUUAUGGCGUUGGGAUUUGCAUAUUUUUUCUGUUUUUACUGGGAAAAUGGGACCAAAAAUUCAACCAUUGGUGACAAAAUUCAAGCUGGUAGAAUGUGAUUGAACUCUCCGUGAAACCCAUUAGUUACCACUGUUCUGGUAAUGUAAGUAUCACAUGGUAAUGGCAAAAUCCUUCCUCAUCCCCAGGUGCUAUAGAAAAUGUUUACAUGAAGUAUUCUCAUGACAUGACAUUUCCAGGUGCAUCAGCUUGGGAACAAGGGCCGAAGCUACCCAAACAUUUAAACAAUAUAUGGGAGUGAAUUGGGUGUCUAUGAGCAUAAAUACAUAUUUAAUUGCCCUUUAAAUCUAUUAAUUUCUUUUAGGUUUUGUCAAUUUACUUGAAAUUGGACAGAAACAUAGUCGACAUAUUAAACAGGAUUAUUUAUUUCCAAGACAAACUGCUGAAGAAUUUUCUCUAUUGUUUAUUAUCAAAACCGGUUGGACAGGAAACCUUAUUCAAUUUUUUUCAAGUUCAGAACUUCCGCCUGUUAUUCAUUUAUUCCGAAUUAGCUUAACGAGCUCUUCUCUAAUGCUAUAUAAUGAGAAGGGGGAGUCGGUUAGGUUUGGUCUACAGCCUGGUACAGCAACAUGGAGACAGCUUGCUGUGAGAGUAGUGAAGGACUCCAUAGCUUUGUAUAGUACCUGUGAGGAUGCACCAAUGAUAUCAUUUCCACGGAAUUUGACGCUGUGGCGCGAAGGUGGCGUUGUCGUUGGUGAUGAAGACCACGAAAGUGAAGAUCAUUUGGAGGUAAUGGUGAUGGUGAUGAUUAUGGUGGUGAUAAUGAUGAUGAUGAUGGUGAUGAUGGUGGUGAUGAUGGUGAUGGUGAUGAUGAUGGUGAUGAUGAUGAUGAUGAUGAUGAUGAUGAUGAUGAUGAUGAUGAUGAUGAUGAUGAUGAUGAUGAUGAUGAUGAUGAUGAUGAUGAUGGUGAUGAUGAUGAUGAUGAUGAUGAUGAUGAUGAUGAUGGUGAUGAUGAUGAUGAUAAUGAUGGUGAUAAUGAUGGUGGAAAUGGUGGCAGUGAUGAUGGUGGUGGUGGUUAUGAUGAUGGUGGUUAUGAUGAUGAUGAUUGUGAUGAUGAUGAUGGUUGUGAUGAUGAUGGUUGUGAUGAUGAUGGUUGUGAUGAUGAUGGUGAUAAUGAUGAUGAUAAUGAUGGUGGAAAUGGUGGUAGUGAUGAUGGUGGUGGUGGUUAUGAUGAUGGUGGUUAUGAUAAUGGUGGUUAUGAUGAUGAUGGUUAUGAUGAUGGUGGUUGUGAUGAUGAUGGUGGUUAUGAUGAUGUGAUGAUGGUGGUUAUGAUGAUGUGAUGAUGGUGGUUAUGAUGGUUAUGGUGAUGAUGGCAAUGAUGAUGAUAGUGGUGAUGAUGAUGGUGGUGAUGGUUGUGAUAGUUGUGAUGAUGAUGAUGAUUAUAUGAUAAUAAUUUUGUUUUUAGGGGAUAUGUCAACUUCUAUUCUCUACUAAGAAAUCAGCAGCUAAGGAGUUUUGUUCUCAUGUCUUUCCCAAAUGUCUAGAUGUUGGCCAUUUUCCAAACGGGGUAUUGUAACUUUUUGUGUUAUGCAAC